UUUACGGAACAGAGCUCCCAGGCCGGACGCGCGGUGGCCCGCCGGCCGUGAGGAUUCCAUCGGCCUGACCCUGCCCGGCUUGACCCUGCCCGGGCGCGCCAUGUUCGCGCGUGGGUCCCGGAGGCGCCGCUCCGGGCGCGCGCCUCCAGAGGCGGAGGACCCAGACCGCGGCCAGCCCUGCAACUCCUGCAGGGAGCAGUGCCCCGGGUUCCUGCUGCACGGAUGGAGGAAGAUCUGUCAGCACUGCAAAUGCCCAAGGGAGGAGCACGCCGUGCACACGGUGCCUGUGGACCUAGAACGCAUCAUGUGUCAGCUAAUCUCAGACUUCCAGCGCCACUCCAUCUCCGAUGAUGACUCAGGCUGCGCCUCGGAGGAGUAUGCCUGGGUGCCCCCUGGUCUCAAGCCAGAGCAGGUAUACCAGUUUUUCAGCUGCCUCCCAGAGGACAAGGUUCCCUACGUCAACAGUCCCGGGGAAAAAUACAGGAUCAAGCAGCUGCUGCAUCAGCUGCCCCCACACGACAGUGAGGCACAGUACUGCACGGCACUGGAGGAGGAGGAGAAGAAAGAGCUCAGAGCCUUCAGCCAGCAGCGGAAGCGGGAGAAUCUGGGCCGUGGCACCGUGCGCAUCUUCCCCGUGACCAUCACCGGGGCCAUCUGUGAGGAGUGCGGGAAGCAGAUUGGAGGCGGGGACAUCGCCGUGUUUGCCAGCCGCGCAGGUCUGGGUGCCUGCUGGCACCCGCAGUGUUUUGUGUGCUCCACGUGCCGCGAGCUGCUGGUAGACCUCAUCUACUUCUACCACGCUGGCAAAGUCUACUGCGGCCGCCACCACGCCGAACGCCUGCGUCCGCGCUGCCAAGCCUGUGACGAGAUCAUCUUCUCGCCUGAGUGUACCGAGGCCGAGGGCCGGCACUGGCACAUGGGCCACUUCUGCUGCUUUGAGUGCGAAGCAUCACUAGGAGGGCAGCGUUAUGUCAUGCGUCAGAGCCGCCCCCACUGCUGUGCCUGCUACGAGGCCCGCCACGCCGAGUACUGUGAUGGCUGUGGGGAGCACAUUGGCCUGGACCAGGGUCAGAUGGCUUAUGAGGGCCAGCACUGGCACGCCUCAGACCGCUGCUUCUGCUGUAGUCGCUGCGGGCGAGCCCUGCUGGGCCGCCCCUUCCUGCCACGCCGUGGCCUAAUCUUCUGCUCAAGAGCCUGCAGCCUGGGGUCAGAGCCCACGGCGUCGGCAACCGGCCGUCGGAGCUGGAGCGCGGGCACGGUCUCUGCACCUCUCGCAGCAUCCACGGCUUCUUUCUCCGCUGCGGAGGAGGCGUCAGAGACCGCCACCAAAGGCACCAGCACGGAGCCAGAACCUGUUGCAGGCCCUGAGGAGCCCGCCCACUUUCUGAGGGGUGCCCCCCACCGCCACUCCCUGCCAGAGCUGGGGCUCCGCAGCCCCCCAGAGCCACCCCCAGGACUCCCCAGCCAGCCCGAGCCGAGCCUGGAAGAUGGUGCCUUUGGUCGCCAGAGUACCCCUCGCGUCAGCUUCCGUGACCCUCUGGUGUCUGACGGAGGCCCGCGACGGACCCUAAGUGCACCCCCAGCCCAGCGUCGCAGGCCACGCAGUCCCCCACCCAGGGCCCCCACCCAUCGCCGCCGCCACCACCACCACCAUCAUCAUCACCAUCACCGCCGCCACUCAGGCAGACAUCGCCACCACCGUGACUUGGGAUCGGGGUCGGACUCAGGAUCUUGCUCCAGCUCACCUUCUAGCCCCAGUUCCGAGUCCUCGGAGGAGGAUGGCUUCUUCCUAGGGGAACGCAUCCCGCUGCCCCCACAUCUGUGCAGGCCUGGGCCUGCUCAGGAUAAUGCAACUGGAACCCCCAAAUCCCCAUCUCCACAGCUCCCCAGGAGCUCACGCCCAGGGAUGCCUCGCCAGGCUAGAGACAAAAACUGCAUUGUGGCUUGAAGGCAGUGUAGUCCUGGAGGGCUCCGUUCUCGAGUCAGUGUAGAUGAUCCUAUGCCCCAGCCUAGGUCAUAAAUCCCCUUCCUCCUUCAUCUGUUUGUGUUAAUGAAGUAAUUUAAUAUUUGUCAUAAAACAGGCCUGGCUUCUUUACCUCCUUGCUCCAGCUUUCCCCCUCCCCAGUUGUCCCCCUCCUGAUGCUUGAGAUUUAUCCACAUUUGACAAAGGAUUAAUUUAUUAUUAUCACAUGUUCUAACAAUCUGUUUAUUUAUCCCUCCACAGAACCACCCCCCACACUGAGGAGUUUAUUUGGUGUGGGUCACAACUGGGGGCCUAGAAUCUGAAAUCUGAGGCUCCCUCCUCCCCUCAUUUUUGUGGCUUAAGUGGGUGCACAGUCCAGGCAGAACAGGUGUCUCCUUUUGAGUAUUGCAGAAGGAAGGGGGACAGAGGCACACCCAUAAAGAUGGCCACACCCAGGAGGGACUGGCAGGUAGGAAGACAGAUUCUCCCAAUAAAGGCACUUGUACUUCAAUAAGAGACUGGGAGUUGGCUGGGAGUGUUGUAAGGGCAGGGAGGA